CCAUUACGAACCUAUUUACUACCAAAAACUCGUCCUUUUAGAAAGAGCAAAAGGCUCGGGUCAGAUAACCGGGAUGUCUGACCCCAAGCAUGAUCGUGAUAGUGACAGGGACUCCCUUACUGGUUGGACUUUAGUUGACCGUGAAGGGACACCGGAGGACAACACUGGUGACUCUCCACAACCAGAAGAGGAGGAAGGAGCUGUUGGAACAAAUGUGCCAGAUGAUGGCGAAGGAAAUGAGGAGCCAGAUGAUGAAUCUGGGUGUGGAAUGGAAGAAGAUGAAGCUGCAGAGGAGGAGGAAGAACCAUUGCCCGAUGAUUUGUUGUCUAUGGGCCAAAGGGUGCAAGAGAUCAAGGGUGAGUCGAUCAAGGCAUCCUCCGGCUCGGACUCCAGUGACAUUGAAACUCUCGAGUGCCCAGGUCCUGAUGACUUUUAUGAGGACCAUGCCCUGGCGUACGACUCCCUGCAUUCCUCCCUCCUCUCUUCCUCCAUGCGCAGUUUUCUCUUUGUGAGCGAAGAAGAAGGCACUGACAGUAGUGAAAUCCGCAGUAGUACUAUGGUUUGCAGUAGUGGAAUUUGGGAGGAGGUUGCAGAUGCAGGUGGUGAUGCCGACCUGGAGAGUCUAGCCAGCACAGACGUUUUCUGUUUUGGAGGGUGAGGAAAAGAAAGCAGU